GUAACAGAUGUUCUUCCGGUGUCUGCGUUCGUUCGUUCCGAGUUCCGUUUACUUCCUUCAGUCCUAUUCCUUUGGUCCAGGUUGACGCGUGUUGAAAUAUUGUACAUUUGAAACGUCAUAUAUAUCGUGUGACAGAACACGAUGCGACAAAUGAAACGUCUGUUAGAUGUAUAUGUGGCGUUGCAGGCGCUGUUUGCGUUGUCGUGGUGCUUUACCGACGCAGAUCCGGGGCCUGCAGUAGGUUCUCAGUCGAAUGGAGAACGUUUCAAAAUCGAAGGGCGAGCGAUCGUUCCCGGAGUGAAAACACAAGACUGGGUCUCCACAGCCCGAAUCCUGGUGGAAGGAGAGGAAUAUGUGGGUUUUGUCAAGACUGAUGGGAGCUUCGCUGUCAACGAUGUGCCCUCUGGCUCAUAUGUGGUUGAAAUCGUAUCACCAUCUUUCAGAUUUGAUCCUGUUCGAGUGGACAUUACCUCCAAAGGGAAAAUGAGGGCACGCUUGGUGAAUUACAUCAAAACCUCAGAAGUUCUCCGACAGCCGUACCCUCUUCAGAUCAGAUCCAGUGGUCCACACACGUACUUCAUGAAGCGGGAAACAUGGGGCUGGACUGAUUUUCUCAUGAACCCAAUGGUCAUGAUGAUGGUUCUUCCCUUAUUAAUCAUCGUCCUGCUCCCAAAGGUGGUAAAUACUAAUGAUCCUGAGAUGAGAAAGGAAAUGGAGCAAUCUAUGAAUAUGUUGAACCCUAACCCAGAAUUGCCAGAUGUUUCUGAAUUCAUGACAAAGUUGUUCUCAAAGGGCUCCAGUAAGGCUGGCGGUGGCAACAAAGGCAGCAGAAGUGUUGCUCUGAAGAGGAGGUAGUGCCGUGUAUUUUGUCGGUUUUCUUUAACACUGUUUUACUGGUUUUCUUUUUAUAUGUAUAUAUAUGAACAGUUUCUUUUUCAACUGAAAAGCUUGACAAAGCAAUACUGUGUUUGCACUGUACCACGUUUCCAUGCUUAAUUGUCUUCUUUGGAUGCAUUGUUAAUAAUCAGAUAAUUUUACUCAUUGUAAUGAUACUCUGAAAACUAUACAGACAAUUUAUUAAUGGAGAAAACCAGUACAGAUCGAGCAAGGCAUGUAUUCAUCUUUUUUUUUUUUUAGAGCUUAACUAGGAUGUUUAAACUUUAAAUGUAGAAUGAGUGAAAAAUAAAGUACUUGAUUGGUCAAGA